AUGCGUGCCCUCGCAACAUUCGCUUUCCUGCUGGCUGCGGCUACGACCGCCACCUGUCUGCUGGCGUCGGCCACGACCGGCGUCGCCAACGAGCCCAUCGAUCUACAAGGCAGGGCACCACCGGACUACCCCGAAGCCACCAGGCUGGAACGAGAGAAAAAGAUACAAAAAAGCCAUGUCCGCUCAGCUCAAGCAGUUGGUUCUGUGCCUGAAAAGCCAGUAGGUCGGCAGUAA